AUGAUCACAUUCCAAGUAUUCGAAAAUCAUGAGUCGGUGUACACGUUGGGGGCCCAACUGAGAGCCGGAAUGGUGAUGAAAGUGGUGGGACAAGAUGGGGAUGUGCAGAACGCAAAAGCGAAUGAACUCAUGAGAGCAGCCAUUCACCCAAUCACCACGUCGCUCAUUUCUCAAAUCCUUCAGGACUGGAGAAGAUGCAAGGCAGACCCGCACGUGCUGGCGGAACGGAAGUGGACCAAAGCGGUGAAGGAAGCAGCUAUUACGAGAUGGCUGGAGAACCCCGAAUGUCUGAGCAAAGAAGAGAAGCGUUCAUGGUUUGGAAGGGUGAUGGAAACGGUGACAAAAUCAGGAGUAGCAAUCGCGAUCGGAGAUAGGGAGACAUCGUGGGCGAAGCAUGCCAUGGAGUCCACGUUCAUCGAGUACGUGGAAGAUGAUAACGCAAAUAGGGCCAUCCCCGGUAAGAAGCUCCGAGAGAGACUCAAAUACCUGACCCUACACACCCAUCUCUACACGAAGGCGAUAAAAGAACAGACCGCGUCGGUGAGAUCGAUCUGGAAAGUGGUGGCGACAGCAGAGCCCUUGAAAAAUAAUGAAACCAUCAAAUGCUUCUCCGGAACGUUCUCGGAGAUCAAUGAUGUGGUGGCGAAAGCGCUGCCAAGAGCAGAGGCAGCAGGGAGAGUAGGGAUGGCGUACUUGUACGCAGAAGAAGUUCCACCGGCGUACAAACCCCUAGUAAUCACCUACCGAGCGGGCCACUUCAUGCGACUGAAUGUGAGAAACAGAACGUGGACUUGGACAGCCAUCGAAGCAGGACUAACGGGAGGCAUAGAAAAUUUGGUUGAAGGAGAAAGAGGAAGCCACAUCCAUUUCCGAAAGGCAAACGAAGUUGUGAUUCUGGCAGUUGGGAGCGCUGAGGACAAAACAACAAUUGAACAAUGGUGGCAACAGCAAAUUCAACGUGAUCCUCGACUCCUGGAAAAACCAAUUAUGUACCCUGCAAGCCUGUACUCGGACGAAUAA